GUCGGGAGGGAGGCCGGCCGAGGAGUAGAGUCGCAGCCAUGUUCAGGGCUGGGGGGCUGAGGGAGCUCUUCGAAGAAGACUCCUUCUUUCGGAAAUGACAGGUAAAGAAAGCAUGACUUGAUUUCCAGAACUAUCAUACUGGUGCUCUUUUUCUCAUCUCCCUGCUUCUCCCACUUUCCCCACUCAAGGCUACCCUAGGAAGAAGUCAGUGUUGUGUGAUGGGUAUUAUCACAUCCUAGUUGGUGAAAUGUCAUAUCAGAGAAAAUGUGGGUUGCCUGAUGCUUCAAUUGAUCCAGUGGUACUGUAAAGAUAACAAACUACAAAAAGUGAUUUAUGAUUAUACAACUUCAAUAUUAUGCAGAGCCUUAAUAGACUAUGCGGAGCAUAGGGAGCCUUUUGCUGCGCAGCAUCAAUACAUGCGUCAAAUGAUGAGAAGUUUUUCUGAUCCUUUUGGACGAGAUCCAUUUCUCAGUAUUACAGAGGGUGGCGAAAGAGCUCGAGGUCAAAGAGGACACCAUGAUUCUCAGGUUGCUUUGAGAGGAAAUCAGAGAGCAGAGAGCUGCUCCCUCAUGCCCUUUGGCAGUUUUGGUAGCAUGAAUUCAGAUUUCAGAGAUCCUUUCUUUGCAAUUGACAGAACUAUAUCAAACAUGAGAAACAGUAUGCUAGAACUGCAAAGAAAUUUUGAUCAUCUCUCACUCAAUCCAGAUGCGCACUCAUUCAGUUCUUCUUCUGUGAUGACAUAUUCCAAGAUAGGUGAUGAACCACCAAAGGUUUUUCAAGCUUCAGCUCAGACCCGCACAGCUCCAGGAGGUAUCAAAGAGACUAGAAAAGCGCUUAAAGAUUCUGAAAGUGGGCUGGAAAAAAUGGCUAUUGGUCAUCACAUUCAUGAUCGUGCCCAUGUAAUUAAAAAAUCAAAGAACAAUAAAACUGGUGAUCGAGAACUGAAUCAAGAAUUUAUCAACUUGGAUGAAUCUGAGGCCCACAUAUUUGAUGAGGAAUGGCAGAAAGAGAUUAUGAAGUUUGGAACAUCUGGAGCUAGAUGCAAUUUAGAAGCUCCAAAUCACAGAAGUAACCAUCAUAUAAGCAAGGAAGAUGGAUCAAGGAGGGAGAAACCCCACCCAAAGCCACUGAUUGCAGGAUCCAGAAGACCUGAAGUUUCUGUGGAGAACCUGAAUGUGAAAGGAUCGCACGUCCCAAUCAAAACCAGCAAAAGAUAAAUGGCUUGUAUAAUGAUUCGAAUGGGAUCUUUUUCAGAGAAGAUAAUGGUGCUAGAUCAUAGACCAAUCCCUGUUUUUUAAGUGUUAAUGUGCCCUGCUUGUCUAGUCGUUCGACCACUGAAUGUUCUUGAAGAUACCAGUUCUUUGGCUAGUACAUCUGGGUCUAAGCAGUAAAAGAAAAUAUUUACCACUGAAAAGCACUUUAUUGGGUAAUCAUUUUUCUGUAUACUGUAAGCUAUAAUAUUUUGCCUUCCAAGGCUUUUUUCCUACAAUUAUGCUAAUCUCUCAAACUUUUCAGCAGGCUUGGUGGUAAAACUACAUCUUUUACCCAUGCUAUACAACUUACACAGGAACUAAAUUCAUUUUUUGUAAAAUUAUUUUUUUGUGGCUGAAGCAAUACCAGUGUGGUUUUGGUGGAAUUAGAUUUAAAAUUAUACUAUAAAAUUAUUCAAUAGCUAUUGAAUAAUCGCCAGAUUCAUGGUAAUUUCCCUGAUUUCAGAAUGUUAACAAGUCUAAAAAUAAGUAAAGUAACUAGUUUUUAAGUAAAAUUUAAGUUUAUCAACAUUCUUAUUUAUCACUUUUGCAUAGUUGAUUUUCUGUAUGUAGUUUAUUGAUUUCAAUGGCUUUAUAUUGUAUCUCUUAAGUGGUUCUGCAUCCUUUGUGUGUUUCCAUUGAAGGUAACCCAUUAUUUUUCACCAUUGCAGAUUCUCUAUACUAGGGCUAGAGUUAAGUAGCAUGAUGGGUUUUCUAUUUUCUGUGGCAAUAUACUGCAGUUCCCUUGUAUGAACAAUAGAUAUGACUGUUAGCAUUCAUAACCAGAUUGGUAUGGGAAUCAAAUUUGGUUCAGCAGACAGUAGAAGUAUAUGAACUAAAUAUUGAAUAAUUACACCAUUCCCUCUGUAAAUGAUAGUUUUAAAAACAUAUAUGCAGGAAAUGCUACUUGUAGUAAUUCUUCUUCUAUCAGCUAAGUUUGUGGCUGUGUUGUAUCAUUUUGUGUCCUGAUUUGUAAGGAAUCCAGGAUCUGGUAAACCUAAAAAUUGUUGACCUGCCUUGAAAAUGUUACUAUUUCAAAGUUCUUCCUUCUUUGUACUUUUGUUUUCUUUUUUAAAAGUUCCCUUGGCUUAAAGUUAUUAGGAGAAAACAAACUGAAUGACUUAUUGGGAAAAGUAAACCUCUUAAUGUAUGUUAUCUGUGUCAAAGUUCAUGCACCAUUUUAUUACUUGGAAGGACUUGUAGAUGAUAUAUAAAUAUAAGCAUGAACAAUGAAUCUAUUGUUUUUAAGUUACAGCAUUUGACUUCUCAUGGCCAAGAUGUAGAUUUUUUUAAUCAUA